UUGAAGUCAUGGUAAGAAGGCGGGUGGUGGGAAGUAAGGGAGGUGACGUGUUUUGUGGGUCGGGGGCAGGCCUGGGGGAGGCCUGCAGGCACCUGGGGUUCUGAUUCGGAGAAUCCAUGGGAGGGACGUGGGUUCCGAUUUGUUAUUCCCCGCUCUCCUCUGCGCUCAGGUCACGUGGGCGAGCAACGGCGAUAACUAAAACCCACUGAGCACUCGCCGAGCAUCAAGUGCAUUUGAAGGCUUUAAAACCAUCAUCACAUUCAGUAUAUUUUGGAUCCCCAUUUUGAAAGAUGAAGAAACUGGGGCCCAGAGAGGUGGAGUAAUUUGCCCAAAGAUCCACAGCUGGUGACUGUAGGAGUCGGGAUUGGAACCCAGAUCUGACUUCACCGCCCAAAGUAUCUUUCACUGCACUAUUCGAGGUGUGGAACUGUGCAUCUCAUAAACCCCUUGUGCUACGGUUUGACGCCUCCCUCCUCCUCCGUUCUACCCCAUCCCUCAAUUUAGGCCAAGUAAACAGCGUUUCCCUUCCGACCCCAAGAUGACGCUUUAAACCUGACCGAGAAUUGGGUAGUUAUUAUGAUGAAUAUCUUGCGGAUUUGUUCCCCACUGGGACAUUGAUUGAGUUUCCUGCUUGGGAAUUGUCACACACGCUGUGGAUCCAGUGCCAGCCCAGAGUUGGCUCUCUCAAGGUAUUUGUUGAAUGAAUGAAGGCUGCGCCUCCUUUCCUAUACCUACUUGAGCUGUCUAGAGGAAAGAGGGCCGGUUUAAAAGUCAGACUCUGCCCCACUCACUGGCUGUGUGUCUUUGGGUAAAUUUCUUACUUUCUCUGGGCUUAAUUUUCUCCGUGGUAAAGUAGAAGUAGUGGUUCCCAUCGCAAACAGCUUUUGUGAAGAUCACGUGAGGUAAAGCAUCUGGCUUUACCUUUCUUUCCAUCUCUGGCAGUGAUGCCGGCCUCACAGGAUUGGUGGGAGCCUCCGUGUAAGAUGCUUUGCAGCUGUUCCUUGUGUGAUUAGCAUGGUUGAGUUCCAUGAGAGAAAUGGUCUCCCUGUCUCCCUUUCAGGCUGCCUUCCUCCGAGCUGUGCCGCGGUCGCCAGGGCCAGCUGCAUGGGGAAGGCCUCUCCACGGGCUGUGGUACUGCAGUGGGCGGGAUCCUAGGAGGUGGGUGGGAAGCAGGCCACCAACCUCCAAGGAGAAACCACCCGGCACAGAGACAGAGACAUUUCAGAUGGUGUACCGGUUUGAUGCCAUCAGGGCUUUCGGGUACUUGUCUCAGCUGAAGGUGGCACAGACGGCCCUGACGGUGGUGGCCUUGCCGCCUAGCCUCUACUGGUACUCCCAGGGCCUCAUGACCUUCAACUCCCUGUGCCUGGCGGGCGGGAUCGCUGGCUUUGCCCUGGCCAUGUUGUGCUGGAUGAGCCAUUUCUUCCGGAGGCUGGUGGGCAUCCUGUACGUGAAUGAGUCGGGCACCAUGCUGCGGGUGGCCCACCUGACCUUCUGGGGCCGGCGACAGGAGACAUACUGCCCUGUGGCCGACGUGAUCCCCAUGACGGAAAGCCAGGAUCGGCCUCAGGAGCUGUUCGUGCGGAUCCAGCAGUACAGUGGGAAACAGACCUUCUACCUCACCCUGCGCUACGGACGCAUCCUGGACCGAGAGCGUUUCACACAGGUGUUUGGGAUGAUGGACAAGUUCAAGUGAACGGACGGGGGCCUCCUGCAGGCAGCCUGAGGGUGUGGGCGGGGCUGAAGGAGGGGGUCGGGCAGCUGGAGACUUUGCCGGGGCCCCUGGGAACUUGUCUUUUGGGAUAAGGAAAUUCAUGAGAUGGAAGUAACUGGGUUUAGAAAGAGGCCCUGAGUGCAGAUUCUUAACUGCACUUGUGUGUGACAUUCAGAUAAUGGCCAGAAGUUUCUGUUAAGAGCCAGUUCUUGGAGGAAGCGAUGCCAAGCUCUCUCGAACAAUUACACUGCUGUGAAACCAAAGAGAGAGAGGUGGGGGGCGGGAGCCAGAAGACUUGGGUCUGUCCGUUUCCAAAUCCCUGUCCUGGGGCAGGUUAUCAAGUCUCUCAGAACCUUGAUUUUCACAUCUUAAAGUGGAAAAAUCCUCCCUGUCUCCUGGGAUGGGUGUGAGAAUAAACAAUAAAUGUCAUUGUUAGUUCAGAGGUGAUGGCGCCGCAAAAGGCUUCCAGGCAAUGGGUAGGGAUUUCACCAGCCCUAUGCUGCGCCCCCUUGUGGACCCGGCGGCGGGGGGACCAGGAUGAAGCCUAGAGGUGGGUCGUUCAUCCUGCCAGCACGGUAGCUGCACAGCCACUGGGGCAAGGUUGUAAUCCGAGCAAGUUCACCGCCCAGAGGUCUAGGGGCUCUCACAUCAGAAGGCUUUGCAGUGUGAUAAAGUCAGAUGAACUAUACGCUGGUGUGAUACUUUAUCAAAUAAAGCCAGUUAUAUGUAAUGUUCCCCGUAAUUAGCAAUAUGCUUAUUAUAUAAUUUGUAACAAAGAGGAAAGAAGUCAUGAUCUUUAAUUCUACCACUCAGAAGUCAAUAACUAAAUUUUGUUUUGUGACCUUCAAGUCUUUUUUUAUUUUCAAAUCGUAGUAAAAUAUAAAUUUAUCCUUUUAAUCAUUUUAAGUGUACACUAAGUGGUAUUAAGUAUAUUUAGUGUUUUGCAACCAUCACCUCUCUCCAUUUCCAGAACUUUUUCGUUAUCCCAACCAGAAGCUCUGCACCCAUUAAAUAGUAACUCCCCAGCACCCCCUUUCUCCAGCCCUUGGCAACCACUAAUCUGCUUUCUGUGUCUAUGGAGUUGCCUGUUGUGGGUAUUUCAUGUAAAUGGAAUCAUCCGCUGUGUGGCGGCCUUUUAU